AUGGUUAAAAGCAAGUUACCAGAGGAAGUUCUUCUUCAGUUAGAAAUUCAAAAGGGAUCACAAGAAAAAUGGACAGUUAUGAGUUUAUGUGACAAAUUACGUGAUUAUGUGGUUGCGAGAGAAAAGUCUGAUAAAAAUGAGACACCCAAAGAAUUAUCCAACGGAGCGUCCAACGGAGCUUCCAACAAAGCGUUCAACGGAGGACAGAAUUUCCGUCCGAAGAAUAAACAUUGGCAGACAAAAAAUUCCAGAUAUCAAAAUGGUAAUCGAAAUGGUCAAUUAGUAAAGUCAGCUGAAGCAUUAGUGGCAACUACAGAUAAUAAACCAAGUAACAUAUCUUAUUUUGACAAAUGUAGAUAUUGUUAUCAACAACAUUGGAGUGAUGAAUGCCCAAAGUAUCAAAGUAUUGAGGAACGCAAACGACAAUUAAAAGGAAGUUGUUACAAAUGUCUAAAAUAUGGACAUCAAUCAGCUGAUUGCAAAAGAAACAAAAUAUGCAUCCAUUGUAAUGAAAGAGAUUCUCACCAUAGAAGUUUAUGUCCGAAGAAAUUCAAAUUGAAAUUAACUAGUGUUCAUUUGUCAGAAGAAUAUAGUGGUAAUUUCACAGAAGAAUGUGUCAAUGGUAUAGACUUAAACGCUUAUUCUGAUGAAGGAUGUGAAGUUGUUCAUGAAAAUGUGUUUAUUUCAUCUAGUGAAAUGGUUUUGAUGCAAACAGCAAAAACUAAAAUUGGGAAUCCUACUAAUUCUAUGCAACAAGAAACAAGAAUUUUAUUUGAUUCUGGAUCACAGAGGACGUAUAUUUCCCAGAAACUGGCCACCAAACUCAAACUGAAAGGUGAAAAAGAAGAAGAAAUAAAACUUGUAACAUUCGGCAGUGAUAAACCGAAAAUUGUGAAGACAUCUUCAACAAAAUUGAACAUCAAACUUAACAACGGGAAAUUUUUCAGUAUUGUUGCCAAUAUUGUGCCAGUCAUUAGUGGGAGUGUUCAAAGGAAAAGAAUUGAUAUUUCAUCUGUGGAACAUUUAAAACAUUUCGUAAAGGAUGUGGAAGUAGCCGACGAUAUUCCAUUACGGAGUGAGUCUUCUGCAGUGGAAUUGUUAAUUGGCAAUGAUUAUUAUUUGGAUUUGAUAUUGUCUCAGAGAAUAGAAAUACAACUUGUUGGCAUCAAAAUUAGGAUGGAUAUUGACAGGAAGAUCACGGAAAAUGGAUGA